UUUUAUUAUCAUAGUAUCACAAAAGACAAUUAGGAAAUACAUUUUUCAAUCUCCUUAAAAAAUAAUUUUUUUUCUAAUAAUUAUCCGUUAAUUAUAUGUGUUUUUUUACUUCAUUUGUAGAUGUGUAGAUAGAACAAUUAUGAUGGAUUGAAUGGUGUAUGAAUACCCGUACGGUAUAAACAAUGGAAGCCACAGAUGGGCAUAUUACUCAGGAUAAUGGGCCAUCCAAAUAUAAAGAAGAUGAUAGUUUAGAUCCCAGAAUACAAUUGGAGUUAGAAAAGUUAAAUAAUGCAACAGACAAUAUAAAUAAACUUGAAAUAGAAUUAGAUGAAGCAAAUACAACUUUUAGAAUGUUAAUGGCAGAAGCAUCUAGACGACUAAAAAUCAGGGCUCGCAAACUUGGUUCAUGUAUUGAUAAGGCACGUCCCUUUUAUGAUGCACUUAAUGUAUCAAAGCAAGCACAACAACAGUGUCAAAUUGCUGCUGUUAAGUACCAAAGAGCUAAUGAAAUUCAUCAAGCAGCAAAAGAAACGGUAGCUUUGGCAGAAGCACGGUUUUUAAGUAAACAACAUGAAUGGAAGUUUGAUAGUGCCUGGCAAGAAAUGUUAAAUAAUGCUAUUUUAAAAGUAACUGAAGCAGAAAAUCAAAAGACUGAAAGUGGACGUGAACAUCAAAGAAAGGCUGCUCUUUAUCAAGCAGCAGAACAAAAAGUUCAAAUACUUGAACAAAAAGUUAAGCGAAGUAUCAUCAAAUCUCGACCUUAUUUUGAAGAAAAAUAUCUUUGUGAAGGCCAACUUGCUGCUCAAAAAGAUACCAUUAUUCAAAUUCGAUAUGCUGUACAGCAAGCAAAACAAGAAUAUUCUGCUUGUCUUCAUAGGUUGGAACAGAUUUCUGAAGAAAUUCAUAUUCAGAGACAAAAUAAUAAAAUAAUGGAACAAGGACCUAGAGAACCUGGUGUUGGUGCUGAGGUUUCAUCAAUAGCUAAUAGUUGGCAAGAAAUAAAUAUCAAAAAAGAAUCAGAUUGUAUGGAGGAUAUUAAUUUAGAAUGGAAUUUAGACAAAUGUGAUUCUAGAAGUCUGGGAAGUCUAUCAAUAGAUACAUGUUCAAUUCUAAGUGAUGCAGAUGAGCUUGAUUUUGAUGAAGAUAGUGAAGUCACUAUGGAGUUAGAGCAGUUAAGACAAAAAGUAAGAGAUCUUGCAACAAAACCAUUAAUGGUAGAAAAUAAAAGAAGUGAAGAUGUUGAAGGUGUAGAAGAUCGUAAAGGUUGGGAAAGUGAAUUGAAUGCUACUGUUGAUAAACUUGAUAGAAUGAUGUUAAAACAAGAAUGUGAAAAAUCUCAUCAGCAGUCACCUGUUUAAAAAUAGUUGGUAAAAAUCAAAUAAAAUUGGAGACUUUUAUGUGUUCAAGCUAUAAAAAAAAGUGAAAUCUGAAGCUAUAUAGUUUGAUGAAAAUUGUUUAAAAUGGUCAACUUCAACUUAUUAUCAAUAGAAGUGACAUGUUCCAUUAAAUUAUAGUUAUAAUAUUAUUAACAAUUUACAAUACAUACAUACUGUAUCCCACCAGUUUUUAUUUCCAUAUAGAAAAUGUAACUUGGUAGUUUAGUAUUUUAUCUUAAUAUUUUUUAUAUUUAAUAAAACCAAAUUGUUUUGUUUCCUUAAAUAUAUUUAUUAAAUAUAUUAUUUUAUGUAAAUUAGUAGAAUUGGCUGUUUAAAUUCAAAAUUAUUUAUACUUCUAGAAAAGCAAUA